AAUAAGCACAUAGUUCGGCACAGAAACAACCAUGAGCAAUACGUCCAAUAUGUCCAUCAAAUUGAUACUUUCAUGCCUCUGCAUAAUCCUCAUUUUUCUCGCUGUCAACACCAUAGCAAUUAGCAUCAACAGAGAAACUCUAGAAUUUCUCAUUGGUAACAGAGGAAGAGGCGAAGCUAAAAGCUGCAAGAAUGAAAAUCACAAAAACAACAAGAUAACCAUUCCACUGGAGUGUCCAAAAUUGGCAGUUCCUCUACCCCCAACCCCAUCUCUAUCUCUCAAAACAGGAGUCUUGGUAUUUGUUGAUCAAAGGUUGGCUGUGGUGUACCCUAUCGUCCAAAAGUUCAAGUCUAUAAUCACCUCAGAUCGUCAUGGCAUUACUAAGACCUGGGUAGGCUCAGAUAUAUGCAGCUACAAAGGUUUCUUCUGCGACAACCCUCCAGACAACAAGUCAGCAAUAGCUGUUGCUUCCAUAGACUUCAACGGAUUCCAACUUGCUGCUCCUACACUCGACGGAUUCCUUGAUCAGCUUCCUGAUAUUGCACUCUUUCACGCGAAUUCCAACUACUUUUCUGGUACUAUCUCCCCAAAAAUUGCUAAGCUUCCCUAUCUCUACGAGCUUGAUAUAAGUAACAACCUCUUCUCUGGUUCAUUUCCCUCAGCGGUUCUUGGCAUGAAUGGUCUAACAUUCUUGGACAUUCGGUUCAAUUUCUUUUCUGGGUCAAUACCUCCUCAGUUAUUUACACAACCAUUGGAUGCUCUCUUUCUCAAUAACAACAAUUUCAUGACGAGUUUGCCUGACAAUUUAGGAAGCAACCAUAUUCUUUUUCUCACCUUAGCCAACAACAAAUUCAUUGGCCCACUCCCAAGAAGCAUUUUCAAGGCGUUUUCCUAUCUAACUGAGGUCCUACUCUUAAACAAUCAGCUGACCGGUUGUCUGCCUUAUGAGAUAGGUCUUCUAAAAGAGGCCAUAGUGUUCGAUGCUGGCAACAAUCAGUUGACUGGUCCAUUACCCUUGUCUCUGGCUUGUCUAGAGAAGGUAGAGCAGCUGAAUUUUGCUGGUAAUCUGUUGUUUGGUAUGGUGCCAGAGUUGGUCUGCGAGCUGGAAAAUUUGGUCAACCUAUCUUUGUCUGAUAAUUAUUUUACAACGGUUGGGCCUUUGUGUAGGAUUUUAAUUGAGAAAGGACUGCUUGAUGUUAGAAACAAUUGUAUUCCCGACCUUCCCUUCCAAAGAUCGGUAGUGGAAUGUGCAAAUUUCUUUGCACAGCCCAAGUUCUGCCCCAGAAUGUGGUCUUAUACUUACAUUCCUUGUAAAACCCCUUUUAUUUCUGGUUCUAUGAUUCCUGAAAUGGCUUCUUCACCUUGACCACUACCUUAUUUUCCUCAAUAUGCACCAGUAAUACCACUAAGUAUUUCGAAUUCUUUAGUUAAGAUUUUGUUUGCAUGUUUAGUCAUUCUUUUCACUUGCAUUCAAUUUAUGGAAAAGUUUUGCAAUUCCAUGCUCAAGUUAGAGAAAAUUGCAUGGAAAAUUUUAAUGUACCUUUCUCUUUGAAUGAGUAUUUGCAUGUACGUCGACGUGUAUGAAAACAAUAUAUUGUAUUCAAAUUUUCA